AUGGAUGAAAUUAGUCUUCGCGAUAGAAAUGUGUCAGGGGUGGAUUCUUCGUCGGUCACUAUAGAGUUUAACGACAGUCUCGGAGUGUAUCGGACCGAAACCCAAAUCAAAAAAUUGGUUUCCGGUAAAGACUACAGGGAAUUGAAAGAUAACUACAUGAUAGAACAGAAAGAGAGAAAGAGAGAGAUAGAGGAUGCGAAUGCGGCGGCUGCAUUUGCGUUUUUGGCGAAGAAGUCAAGAAUUUCCUCUUUCGGCGAUGAUCAAUAA